CACAGCACUGAAACUACUAUAUAAAACAGAUUUAUCUUCAUUAGUGUCUUUAUUUUUAGUUAUUCUGAGCUCAUCUUUUCCUCUGCUCUACAGUCCAGCAUGUCUAAAACUAUAUAUCCUCUGGAGAGCACCUAUAACCUCAUCUCCAGAGAGGAGGAGAAAAUCUACAAACCACCCAGAUAUAUAUCCAGGUUCAGAGAACAAGUGAAGCAUGAGAAGCAGCUAAACAAAGCCUCCCGCAAGACUAUGGGACCACUGAAAGUGCACGUACCCUCUCCAGAUAAAUACCUCCUAAAGCACUCCAAAGAGCCCAGACUUCCGGAGAAGAAGCCUUUCUCAUAUGGAUAUGAAGGUCACUCUAAGAAGCCUCCGGUUCCUGCUAGAACUGACCAUCCGCCCAUGGGCGUCCACACCAAGAAAAACUUUGUGAAGAGCAAUGCCAUCGAGAACAUCAUGGCUGUUCCCCGGAAACCACAGCCCGCUUACAUUGACACCCGAAACGGAGAUAAACAUCUGCUGGAGAACUCCGGCCUGGUCUCCAAGUACAUCAAGAAAAAGGACUACGGUCAGACUCCGGAGUAUCUGCAGCAGAGGCGUGAGGAGACUCGGAGGGAGCAGGAGGAGUAUAAUAACUGUGUGAAGGAGAGGAUGAAGCAAGGAGCGAUGAAACAACUCCCAGAGGAGGAACGACAGCAAAUCCUGCAGGGUCUGAAGAAGAACUGGGAUGAACUCUACCACCAGUUUCAGAAGCUCCCGCUCGUCACGGAUACAGCCUCCAAAAAGAACAGGAAGGAGCAUCUGGAGAUGAAGAUGAAGCAGCUGGAGAAGGAGAUUGAGAUGAUGGAGCGAUAUAAAAUCAUCUGCAUCGCCAACAACUGACCACAGCACUGACCCUACUACUGACCCUUCUACUGACCCUACAACUGAUCAUUCUACUGACUACAGCACUGACCCUACUACUGACCCCUCUACUGACCCUACAACUGAUCAUACUACUGUCCACAGCACUGACCCUACCACUGACCCCUCUACUGACCCUACAACUGAUCAUUCUACUGACUACAGCACUGACCCUACUACUGACCCCUCUACUGACCCUACAACUGAUCAUACUACUGACCACAGCACUGACCCUACCACUGACCCCUCUACUGACCCUACAACUGAUCAUUCUACUGACUACAGCACUGACCCUACUACUGACCCCUCUAAUGACCAUACAACUGAUCAUACUACUGACCACACUACUGAAUGUACUACUGACCAUACUACUGUUCAUACUUCUGAUCCUAUUACUGACCAUACUACUGACCCUAUAACUGAUCAUACUACUCACCACACAACUGACUGUACUACUGAUCAUAUUACUGACCACAAUACUCACCAACUGAACAAACGUCUGAGCUUACAGCUGUCCUUUUUUCUGACUAUACAACUGACCAUACUACUGACCCUACUACUGACCCUACAUCUGAACAUACUACUGACCCUACAACUUACCCUACUACUGACCCUAUAACUGAGCAUACUACUGACCCCUCUACUGAUCAUACUACUGACCCUACAUCUGACCCUACUACUGACCACACUACUGAAUGUACUACUGACCCUAUAACUGAUCAUACUACUCACCACACUGACCAUAAAAUUGACCCUACUGCUGACCCAUAUAUUGAAUCUACAACUACAACUGACCUUUCUACUGAGCCUACUAUGGACCAUAUUACUGACCAUUCAACUGACCCUACAGCUGUGAACUCUAAUGAAUCUCCUGUUGACCACACUACUGACCCUACAACUGACCAGCACAAAAAAAAUAUUAAACUAUUGUAAAUCUGAUAUUUUAAAUGAACUGAACUGUUCUG